UCCCAAAGGCAGUAUCUUCCCCAGACGCAUUCGGGGUGACAGAGUCAGAUUUAGCAUGUCAAACUAACACCAGAAUUAAAUUAUGGGUCUUUGUCUUCUAUCUCUUCUACUGCUGUCCCAAGGAAUUCAACUUGCUCAAGGAAGUUGUGGCAGUAUGGAGUUUGAGUGCACUAGCGGACAAUGCAUCAACAUAGCUUGGAGAUGUGAUGGGACUAAAGAUUGCGCAGAUGACUCAGAUGAGCUGAACUGUCCACCUCCAUCAUGCACCUUGCAGGAAUUUAAGUGUGUGACAAGCGGUGAAUGUAUCUCUUUGGGAUUUGUCUGUGAUGGGGAGGAAGACUGCAUCGAUGGCUCGGAUGAACAAAGAACCUGUGGUGGGCAGACCUGCAGCCCAGACCAGUUCACCUGCCAGGAGGGCCAGUGUAUCCCCAGCAAAUACAGAUGUGACCAUGUAAAGGACUGUGUAGACAACUCUGAUGAGAACAACUGCAACUAUCCACGUUGCACUGAGAAGACUUGUGCUAAUGGGGCCUGUUACAACAACUCUCAGCACUGUAAUGGGCUACAGGACUGCAGAGAUGGCUCUGAUGAAUUCAACUGCACGACACAUCACUGUCCCAUACACCAGUAUCAGUGUGCAAAUGGCUACUGUAUUCCACAUCCCUUUGUGUGUGACCACUGGGAUGACUGUGGGGACAACAGUGAUGAGCAAGGCUGUGUGUUUCAGAGCUGUAGCGGCAGUGAGUUCACAUGUUCCAGUGGCCGUUGUAUUCCUCAACGCUGGGUGUGUGACAAGUUCAAUGACUGUGGGGACUACAGUGAUGAGAGAGGAUGUGACAGUAACUCUCAAGGCUGUUACCCUGGUGAGUGGGGAUGCCCAGGCUCGACACUAUGUAUACAAGUGGGCAAAGUAUGUGACGGCAAACCUGACUGUCCUGGAGGAACAGAUGAGACCAACUCCACAGCACAGCAAACCUGCAGCUUGGAGCAGUGUUCCACCUUGAGCUGCGAGUUCCUCUGCCACCUGUCUCCUCAGGGUGGCGCUUGUUACUGCCCUGAUGGUUUCAUUGUGGCCAAUGAUAGCCGUUCCUGUGUAGACUAUAAUGACUGUCAGAUCUGGGGGAUCUGUGACCAGCUGUGUGAAGAUCGUCCAGGGACACAUCACUGUAGUUGUGCUGAUGGAUACUUCUUGGAGCAGGGUCAUGUCUGCAAAGCCAAUGUGUCAGCUGGAAUGCCACAGCUCAUUUUCACCAACGGGGGUGAUGUGAUGAUGGCUGAUAUACACGGGCGCGUUGUCAGAACUCUGGUGCCAUCGCAGGGCAAAGGUUAUGCUGUAGGGGUGGCAUACCACUGGCACAGCGACACAGUCUUCUGGAGUGAUACAUAUACCAAAAAGGUAUACUCUGCCAACUACAAUGGGGGUAACAUUAAGGAGGUUCUGACUGCUGCAGUCCAAAAUGUCCAGAACCUCGCUGUAGACUGGGUCAACUUCAAACUCUAUGUCUUAGAGGCCAUGGUGGAGCGUAUCGACAUGUGCGACUUUGAUGGAGGGAAUCGGGUCACACUGGUGGCUGAAAACCUGCAGACUCCUCAUGGCCUCGUCCUGGACCCUACAGUGGGCUACAUGUUUUUCACAGACAUGGGGGUUUCCAGUGAGCAGAUGAAGCUCGAACGUGCCUUCAUGGAUGGCAGUAAUCGUGUAGAGCUGGUGAAGAGCAGACUCGGCACUCCAACAGGAAUUACCAUAGAUAUUGUCACCCAGAGGGUCUACUGGUCUGACAGCCACUUUGACACGGUGGAGACUGUUACCUACAGUGGCUUGGACAGGAAAAUAGUCCUCAAUGGUGGAACCCAGGCUCCACAUCCUUUUGGAAUUGCUGUGUUUGAAAACCACGUAUUCUUCACUGACUGGACCAAAAUGGGUGUGGUGAGAGCCAACCGCUUCAACGGCAGCAGCCCAGCACUCCUUUAUCGUACCGCAAAGCGACCGGGCCAUGUUGUAGUCUCACACCCUGUCCUGCAACCUGUUGUGAUGAACCCUUGCGGCAGACACAACGGUGGCUGUGAGCACAUUUGUGUAUUGAGUCACCGCUCCGACAAUGAUGGUCUCGGCUUCCGCUGCAAGUGUCGGCAUGGUUACGACCUGCAGCCUGACCGUCGGACCUGCUUCAAGGUGAAGGACUUCUUGUUGUUGGCCACCUCUCUGGGGGUUCGGGGAAUCCCACUGAACUUAUCCCUCCAGGAGGACAUCACCCUACCCCUCAUGGGGCUAGGAACGUCUUUUUCUGGCUCUGCUGUGGAGUUUGACGGAAACGAGGAAGCCCUUUUCUACAACGACAGGUCCAGGGGCCUCGUGUAUAAGUCAAACCUCAAUGGCACUGUCCAACAGAUUUUAACAGGCUAUAGAGUAGGAACAAUUGAUGCCAUGGCUUAUGACUGGACCUCCAAAGUAUUGUUUUGGACCACAAGCACCUACAAGUCGGUGGUGGCCUUCAGAGUCACAGACAAGUCCAGACGCGACAUUGUGAUGGGAUUGAGGAACCCAAAAGGAAUAGCAGUGCAUCCCAGUGCUGGCUACUUGUUUUGGUCUGAUUGGUACCGUCCAGCGGUCAUAAUGAAAGGCUUCACUGAUGGCAGCAAUGCUGUCCCUCUGGUCAACACAACACUUGGAUGGCCGUAUGGACUCGCUGUUGACUAUGUGAUGGACAGGCUGUACUGGGUGGAUUCCCAAUUGCACCAGAUUGGUCACAUUGGUAUUGAAGGAUAUGGCAGACAGACGUUUACCAAUAUUGGCCAGAUCACUCAACCCUAUUCUCUAACAAUUUAUUCAGACUACCUGUAUGUGUCUGAUACAAGGACCAGAGCAAUAUUCAAGAUGAGGAAGAGGGAUGGAGGAGGAAACAUUGUGUUUAGACAAGGAGUCACCGGCAUCAUGAAUGUCAAGGCCUACACAGCUGACCUCCACAGCACGUUCACCAGCCGGUGCAAUAUGGUGCCCAACGGGCACUGCAGCCACUUCUGUUUCCCGACUCCCUCCUUCAGUCGAGUGUGUGGCUGUCCGUACGGCAUGAAACUUCAGGCCAAUCAGAGGGACUGCAUCAAGGACGGUUCUGUUCCCCCACCUGACAACAGCUGUGGCGACUACGCCUUUGAGUGUGAUGAAGGACAAUGUAGGCCCAACUCUUACCGCUGUGAUGGAAUAGCUGAUUGCAUAGAUAAGACUGAUGAGGCUAACUGCACUGAUACAGGUGCGACCUGUUCUCCACAAGCGUUCACCUGCAACAACAAGCACUGCAUCAAGUCCAACUGGCGCUGUGAUGGCACGGACGACUGUGGCGACGGUUCUGAUGAAAUGAACUGUCCCACUCGUCUCCCUACCACCUGUGCCGCCGGUUACUUUACUUGUGAUAACAAGAACUGUAUCUCUAAAAUAUGGGUGUGUGACGGUGACAAUGACUGCGGUGAUGGCUCUGAUGAACACAACUGCAAUUCAACCAUCACUACAUGCCCUCCUGCCUACUUCCUAUGUCCCGACCACCGCUGCAUCCACAACUCCUACGUGUGUGAUGGAGACCAGGACUGCCUGGAUGGCUCUGAUGAGAAAAACUGUGAGUUUUCCUGUGCCUCCUAUGAGUUUGCCUGUGCCAGUGGGGACCAGUGUGUCAGUUCAAGAUACCGAUGUGAUGGAGUGUUUGACUGCAGAGACCAUUCUGAUGAACAAGACUGUCCCACUCGAGGUCCAGGCCUCUGCCACAAAGAUGAGUUCCAGUGCCAGACCGACGGUUUCUGCAUACCAGAUGAGUGGGAGUGUGACGGCCAUCCAGACUGUGAGGAUGGAUCUGACGAACACAACUCCUGCCUGCCUAUCACCUGCAGACCAAACUAUUUCCAAUGUACCAACAAGUUGUGCAUCCCGACAAGCUGGUUAUGUGAUGGCGACAACGAUUGCCAGGACAUGAGUGAUGAACAGAACUGCCCCACCCCUCCAUUUAGUUGUCCCUCCGGACAGUGGCAGUGCCCCACUGACCAGGUGUGCAUUGAUCUGGACAAGGUGUGCAACGGCCAGAGGGACUGUCCCAAUGGAGCAGAUGAGUCACCCAUCUGCAACCAAAAUGACUGUGCACUAAACAACGGGGGCUGCAGUAACGGCUGUGUCCAAGGACCAUUUGGGGCUCAGUGCACCUGUCCACCAGGAUUUCAGCUCCUCAAUGACUCCAAGACCUGUGAGGACAUCAACGAGUGUUUUAUCCCAGGUUUCUGCAGCCAGCAGUGCUACAACGAGAGAGGAAGCUUCAGGUGCUACUGCUCAGAUGGUUACCUCCUAGAGCCUGAUGGACGCACCUGCAAAGCUGAAAACCCACUAGCAGCUGUACUUCUGGUUGCCCAUCGUAGCCAGAUCAUCGCCAACCGGAUCAAUAGGAGACCACCUCAGAUGCUUCCAGUGAUCAGCGGUUCAAGCAUCGUGACUGUAGACUUUGAUCGCAUAACUUCCAGAAUCUACUGGGCUGAUGCCUCGCAGAAGAAGAUAUGGAGUGCCUACCAAAACGGCACAGACAGGCAGGAAGUAUUUUCCACUGGUCUGAUGGUACCAGAGAGUAUAGCUGUGGACUGGGUGGGUCGGAACAUUUAUUGGACUGACUCUGUCAUGGAGAACAUAGAGGUCUCCACUCUGGACGGUCGCUUUCGGAAAGUCCUCCUCACCAAGAAUGUUACCAGCCCCCGCGGACUUGUUUUAGACCCCCGUAACUACACCAACCUGAUGUUCUGGUCAGAUUGGGGUCAGAACCCCAGGAUCGAACACGCCAACAUGGAUGGAUCCAUGAGACAAGUCAUUGUCAGCACUAAGCUCUACUGGCCCAUUGGCCUGGCUCUGGACUACACCACGCGCAGGGUCUACUUUGCUGACGCCUACCUCAAAUAUAUUGACUACUGUGACUAUGAUGGCAAUAACCGCCAUCAGGUCAUGGCAAGUGACAUGGUUCUCCAGCACCCACACGGUAUGACCAUCUUCGAGGACAACAUCUACUGGUCGGAGCGCUACACCAGUAAGGUGAUGAGGACAAACAAGUUCCAUGGUGGCAACAUCACCACUCUGAUGAACAAUGUCUAUCAGCCCAUGGGCAUCGUUAUGGACCAUCCUAUCAAACAGCCCACAGCCAUCAACCCAUGUAGAGAACACCUGUGCACUCAGCUGUGCCUGCUGUCAGGCCUGAGACCCAGGUACUACACCUGCCACUGUCAGUCUGGCUGGAAGCUGGAUGCUGACAAACGCACCUGUUUCAAAGAUGAGGCUCCCUUCUUGAUGGUGGUGAGAGAUUCAGUGAUUUUUGGCAUUCCUCUGGACCCCACUGACCCUUCCAACAAUGCAAUGGCCCCUGUGUCUGGCAUCAGCCAGGGGCAGGACAUCGACUUUGAUGACCAGGAGCAGCUUGUCUAUUGGGUGCAGAGCACUGGUUCUAUAUGGCAAGUGAAAACCAGCGGUACCAACAGGUCUGAGUUUGCUCCAGCUGCUUUCAUGGGCUCACCGUCUGGUCUGGCUUUUGAUUGGAUAAGCCGAAUAAUGUAUUACACCAAUCCCACUGUUAAAGCCAUAGAGGUUAUCCGUGUGGAUGGAAACCAGCACUAUAGGAAGACCCUCAUCACCUUCACUGGCAAACCAGAGGGAGCAGGAGAGCCCAUUGGAAUAGCCCUGGAUCCAGCCCGAGGGAAAUUGUUUUGGACAGACAAGGGGUCAGACAAUAGAGUUCCUCCAAAGGUUGGCAGCGCUGACAUGGACGGAGGAAACCUCACGAACCUCUACACAAGCAAUCUGGCUAACAUAGGAUUCAUCGCUGCUGACAUCUCUAACAGGAAACUGUACUGGGGUGUGUCAGGCUCAGGAGUGAUCGAGAGUGGCACCAUGGAUGGAGUAAGCAGGGUGACUGUGGUGAGUGGCCUGUCCCAUCCAUGGGGGCUGACGAUCUACCAGAACCAUCUCUACUACACCGACCUGGAUUACGAGGUCAUUGAGAGGGUGGACAAGGACACCGGCGCAAAUAUGGUGGUGAUGAGGAGCGGCAUGUCUGGUCUGCGUGCCCUCAAAGUACAUGCCAGAGACAACACAGCAGGGACCAGCAACGCCUGCAGCUCAAACAACGGGGGCUGUGCCCACCUCUGUCUGCCCAAACCCGACGACCAAAAGACCUGUGCCUGCACCACAGGUUUUUACCCCUCUCAAGAUGGCUCCCGCUGUGAACAGUAUGAAUCUUUCGCAAUUGUCUCCACCCCCAAGUACAUCCAUGGCUUCCACAUAAACAGUUCCGACCACUCUGUGGCUAUGGUGCCUGUCGGUGGACCUUCCUACUCCAUUAAGGGCAAGUUGGACCUCCAUGUCGAAUCUGGCUUUGUAUACUGGACUGACAACAGCACUUCCACCUCAUACAGGGGCAUAUUCAGGGCCAAAACAGAUGGAGGGUAUUACAGCAGUGUCAUCAACUCAGGUGUUGGAAGAGGAGGUAUCCAAGGCCUCGCUGUAGACUGGGUUGCAGGUAAUUUGUACUUCACCAAUGCCUUUGAGAGCCAGACCUUCCUGGAGGUGUUUGCCAUCAACACCACUUACCGAAUGAUUCUCUUCAAGUCCUCCCAGGACCAGCCCCGUGACGUGGCUGUCAGCCCCAAGCUUCGCUACCUCUUCUGGACUGAUGGUGGCCAAACACCCAAGAUUGAGCGUGCCCUGCUGGAUGGCACCAACCGCACUGUGUUAGCAUCAGAAAGCCUAGCGUCACCUCGUGGCCUUACCAUUGAUUACACCAAUGAUUUCCUCUACUGGACUGAUGAUGUUCUUGAUAUGAUCUCCCGAAUGGCCACUGACGGCACACAGAGGCAGAUUAUCCGGUAUGGGAGCCGGUAUCCAUCUCCAACAGGAAUGGCUAUAUUUGGAAACUACAUGCUGUGGGUGGAUAAAAAGCUUGGGAAGCUCUUCCAGGCCAAUAAGGACCCUGCCAAUUCCGACCAGCCAGAGGUAAUUCGAGACAGUCUUGAUGGACUGAUGGAUGUCACUGUCUUUGACGCUCAUGUCCAGCCUACGUCUGCCAACCAGGUGGGCUUUAACCCAUGUCAAGAAGAUAACGGACGCUGCCAGCAGCUCUGCUUCGCCAUGCCAGGCCAGGAGAAACCAAAAUGUGGCUGUGCACAUGGGUCUCUCCUUAGUAAUGGAGUAACGUGUGGUUACGGACAAGAUGAGUUUCUAGUUUUCACCACAGACUACACAAUGAAUAGCUUGAGGUUAGACCCUGCGGAUCACAGUACCCCCUAUCCAACGGUGAACUUGGGCUACAACUUGAUGGCCUUGGAUUAUGACUUCAAGGAGAAGCGGAUUUUCUUCACCCAGUAUGUAGGGAUUGGUCGGAGCAGAAUUGGCUACAUCACCAUGACCUCCAUCCACAGUCCACCUGUCAUUAUAGCUACAAAUUUGGAUGACCCAGAGGGAUUGGCGUAUGAUUGGGUCAACAAGCGUCUCUACUUCACUGACUACUAUACACGCAAUGUCCAGUCCAUAGGGGUCGAUGGGAUGAACCGCUCAAUCAUUGCCCAUGCAAACCAUCCCAGAGGCAUCAUUGUUGACCCCUGCUAUGGUUACCUGUACUGGACUGACUGGGGAACUCCAGCUAAGAUUGAGAGAGCUACAUUGGGUGGAAACUUCCAGACUGCCAUCAUCAACAGCAGUCUGACAACGCCCAAUGGCCUAUCUCUGGAUUAUGAGGAAAGGAUGCUCUACUGGGCUGAUGCUUCAUUAGAUAAGAUUGAGCGGGCCACUCUGACUGGUGAGAACCGACAAGUGAUCUUGCAGGGGGUCCAGUACCCGUAUGCCAUGACUGUCUUCAAACAGGACAUCUUCUGGACCGACUGGACUGAGAGAGCCGUCUUUAGGGCUGGGAAGGAUGAUGGCUCUGGCUUCGCAGUGCUGGCCCAGAACCUGCAGUACCGACCAAACGACAUACAUGUUUAUGCCGCAUCUAAGCAGGAGAGCUGCUCCAGCUCCUGUCAGCAGUUCAACGGAGGCUGCAGUAAUGUCUGUGUUCCUGGUCCAUUGGGCCCAGAGUGCCAGUGUCCUCAUCAGGGGAAGUGGUACCUGGCUAACAACGGCAAAGACUGUAUCCAAGACACAGGGAAACGCUGUCAGCCAGAGCAGUUUACCUGUCUCAAUGGUAACUGCAUCUCAGCACGCUGGAAGUGUGACGGCUACAAUGACUGCCAUGAUAACUCGGAUGAGUUGGAGAGAGUGUGUGCCUUCCACACCUGCUCAGCCAUGGACUUUACCUGUGACAAUGGGCGCUGCGUGCCACUCAGCUACACCUGUGACUACACAGACGACUGUGGUGACAACAGUGACGAGCGAGGCUGCCCCUUCCCCACAUGUAAUCCCGCUACUGAGUUCACCUGUGCCAAUGGACGCUGCAUCAGUGCAGCCUUCGUCUGUAAUGGCCACAACGACUGCCGAGACAACGCCACCUCUGAUGAAGUCAACUGCCCUGACAGGACAUGUCCUGUGGGCCAGGUUAAGUGUGACUACACCAACAUCUGCAUCUACCCUGAAAACCUGUGUGAUGGCUACAACAACUGUGGAGACAACAACGAUGAGAAUCCUCUCUUCUGUGCGAGUCGCACAUGCUCUCCGGAUUGGUUCCGCUGCGAUGGAGGGAAGUGUAUCCCUGACUCAUGGGUGUGUGACUUCGUCCAAGACUGCAGUGAUGGGACAGAUGAACCUCCUUCCUGUGAGGAUCAAAUAAGAACAUGCAGUCCCAGCCUGUUCACUUGUACCAAUGGAAACUGCAUCCCUCAGUCAAUGGUCUGUGAUGGCAACAAUGACUGCUGGGACAACAGUGACGAGGCUCCUGAACUGCAGUGUGGCCAACGGACCUGCAGUUCCAAUCAGUUCACCUGCCCAAUCUGGUACCCUGGCCACCCACGCUGUGUGCCGUUAAGUUUUGUGUGUGAUGGGGACAAAGACUGUGCCAACGCGGCUGAUGAGCUCAAGAAUUGCCCCAACCGCACCUGCCAUAUGAAUGAGUUUGCCUGUUCAAAUGGGCUUUGCAUCCUCCUCCCCUACCACUGUGACCGUGUGAAUGACUGUGGGGACGGCAGUGAUGAGUUGGGCUGUACCUAUGACACAUGCAGUAGCAACCAGUUCACCUGCAGUAACGGAGCCUGCAUCUCCGCCUCUUUCACCUGCGAUGGGGAGAGCGACUGUAUGGAUGGCUCAGAUGAGGCAGACAGCUUGUGCAUCACGCCCCAGCCCACCUGUGCUCCCCAGCAGUACCUGUGCAAGUCAAGCGAGUGCAUUGACAUGAACAAGGUGUGCAACGGACAGAAAGACUGCCAGGACAACAGCGACGAAAAAGGCUGCGGAGUCAAUGAGUGCCACGACCCAUCAGUCCACAAGUGUGCCCAGCUCUGCACCGACACUCUCACCAGUUACUACUGCUCCUGCCAUCCCGGCUACCGACUCAUGCCAGAUGGCAAAGCCUGCGAGGACCUCAAUGAGUGUUUGAGCACACCUGCCGUCUGCAGCCAGAUCUGCGAGAACACUGUUGGCUCGUACCACUGCAAAUGUGCCCCGGGGUACAUCCGUGAAGCGGAUGGACGCACAUGUCGUCAGAACAGUGGCAUUGCCCCAUACCUGUUGUACAGUAAUCACUACUACAUCCGCAAUUUGACCACUGAUGGGUCACAUUUGAGUGUAGUCCUGCAGGGGCUUUCCAAUGUGGUAGCGUUAGAUUUUGACCACUAUGAGAAGAGGCUAUACUGGCUGGACGCAGGGACAGGAAAGAUUGAGAGGAUGCGUUUCGAUGGGACUAACAGGGAGACGCUGGCAGAUGAUGAUAUAAGAGGAGCCGAAGGCCUGGCGCUGGACUGGGUGGGCAGGAAGUUGUACUGGGUGGACAGUUAUUAUGGCUCUGUUCAUGUGAUGGAGCUGGAUGGGCGCUACCAGAAGAGGCUGCUGUCAGGAAGGUUCACAGAUGGAAAUGGCACUUAUAUUCUCAGCCGACCUCGUGCUGUGGCUGUUAACCCUAAAUAUGGAUGGCUGUACUGGACCGACUGGGGUGACACAGCAUAUAUCGGCAGAGCUGGCAUGGAUGGAAGCAAUGUCAGUGCCAUCAUCACAACCAAGCUGGAGUGGCCCAAUGCACUGACCAUAGACUACACCACCAACAAGAUCUUCUUUGCUGAUUCCCACCUUAACUUUCUGGACUUUGCAGACAUGGACGGCCAGAACCGACACCGGGCUAUCGCUGGUAAACUUCCCCAUGUGUUCGCUGUUUCCCUGUUUGAGGACUGGGUCUACUGGACCGACUGGAACACACACACAGUGGAGAAGGCCCACAAGUACACUGGUGAACAGCGCACAGUCAUGGGCAACAACACACAUCGGCCCUAUGACAUUCACGUCUACCACCCCUACAGACAGCCUCGCAGUGAAAACCCCUGCUCCUCCCAUCAUCUAACCUGCAGUCAUUUAUGUCUGAUUGCCCCUGGUGGGCAGCGAGCUUCCUGCCAGUGUCCAGAUCACUUCAUCGGCCUUGCUUUGGGCUUCAAGAUCCAGUGUGUCGCUGACUGCUCCAGCACCCAGUUCCGCUGUGGGGACAAUGAGAAGUGUGUUCCUAUAUGGUGGAAGUGUGACGGCCAGUCAGAUUGCGGUGAUGGCUCAGAUGAACCUCAAACCUGCCCGUCCCGUUAUUGCCCCAUUGGCCAGUUCCAGUGUCAAGAUGGCAACUGUACCUACCCCGGCCUCAUCUGCGACGGCCACUCAGACUGCCCUGACAGUUCAGACGAGGAUGCGGCUCUCUGCAGCGACCACCGAUGCCAGGGAAACCAGUUUCAGUGUAAAAACAAGAAGUGUAUCCCUGUGUCCUGGCACUGCGAUGGAGUAAAUGACUGUUCAGAUGGCAGCGACGAGGAUGCAGAGACUUGUUCCCAGAGGACCUGCCGACCGGGACAGUUCCAGUGUGCCAACGGGCGCUGUCUGCCAUCAAGCUACGUGUGUGAUGCUCAGGACGACUGUGGGGAUGGAUCUGAUGAGCCGUAUGAAACCUGCAUGGGUCCAGACUACAAGUGUGAUGAAGACACUGAGUUCUCCUGCAAGACAAACUACCGCUGUAUUCCUCAGUGGGCCCGCUGUGACGGCACCAAUGACUGCAUCGACAACAGCGACGAGCAAGGCUGCGAGGAGGUGACCUGUGAUCCUCUGGGAGAUUUCCGAUGUGACAACCACCGCUGUGUCCCCAUCCGCUGGCAGUGUGAUGGCACCAACGACUGUGGUGACGGCUCAGAUGAAAGGAACUGCCAACCAAGGCCUUGCUCUGAAAGUGAGUUUCGAUGUGACAGCGCACAGUGCAUCCCUGGAAACUGGGUGUGUGACCAUGACAACGACUGCGGGGACAACUCAGAUGAACGAGACUGUGAGUUGCAUACAUGCCGUCCAGGUUCUUUCCAGUGUGACUCAGGUCACUGUAUCCCCGCUGCUCUGCAGUGUGAUGGCCGGCCUGAUUGUCAGGACCUGUCAGACGAGACCAGCUGUCCUACUCGUUACCCAGGAGGCCGUUGGUGCCCUCAGAACCAGUUCCAGUGUGGGAACCGUCUGUGUGUGAGCCAGAGCUGGGUGUGUGAUGGCGUUGAUGACUGUGGGGACCGCUCUGACGAACAGCUCAGUUUAUGCUUGAACAUUACCUGUGAGAUGCCGUCCAGGUUCCGCUGUGCAAACGGCUACUGCAUCUACUCCGGCCUGCUGUGCAACCAGAAGGAUGACUGUGGAGACGGCAGUGACGAGAAGGAAGAACACUGCCGUGAGCCCACGCUGCCCCCCUGCACACUGGAAGAGUUUAAAUGCAUCAAUGGACUCUGUGUGGCCCUGCCAUACGUAUGUGACCACAACGACAACUGUGGGGACCGCACUGAUGAAUUGGGCUGCAAUUUUGGCCACGAUCGCAACUGUGAGGAGAAGCUGUGCCAGCACGAGUGCACCAACCUGAACGGCACCGGCUUCAUAUGCUCCUGCAGACCCGGAUACAGAGUGGACCCAGACAGCACCUACACCUGCCUGGACAUCAAUGAGUGUGAGGUGUAUGACACCUGUCCUCAGGUCUGUAAGAACACCAAGGGUGGCUACGACUGUGAAUGUGCCCCCGGCUACCGGAAAGUGGGCAACGGCAACAUGUGCGAGGCUGAGGGAGCGACUCCCCUGCUGCUUCUACCAGAGAACAUUCGUAUCCGGAGGUUCAACCUGCAGACGGAGGCUUACCACGACUUCCUCCAAGAAGAGGAGCAUGUUAUGGCUCUGGACUACGACUGGGAUCACAACCACACCGGAUUCAGUAUGUUGUACUUCACUGUAGCCAGUAAGGACUCUGUACCAGGUGCCAUUAAGAGAGCAUACAUACCUUCAGUGGAUGAUGGCAGCAACAACAUCGGUGCUGCUGUUGACCUCGGCAUCAAAUACAUCACCAGACCAGACGGCAUCGCUGUGGACUGGGUGGGCAGGAACCUUUACUGGGCAGACUCGAGGGUGAAGAGGUUAGAGGUGGCCAUGUUGGAUGGACGCUACAGGAAGCACCUAGUCAAGACUGAGCUGGGCCACCCGUCUGCUGUGGCCGUCAACCCACGACUGGGGAUGUUGUACUGGGCAGAUCGUGGAGAUGCAGCCAAGAUCGAGUGUUCUUGGCUGGACGGUCAGAAGAGGAAAGUCCUAGUGGCCGAUGGUCUGGGUUGGCCCACUGGCCUGUCAAUCGACUUCACCAACGGUGACAGAAUCUACUGGUCUGACUCCAAGGAAAGCCGCAUAGAGUCUGUCCUGCCUUCAGGAGAGGACCGUAGAACUGCAGUCUACAUAGAUGUGAGAAACCCCUUCAGUGUGAGUGUGUUCGAGGACCAUGUUUAUUGGAGUACUCAGGAGAAAGGCGAGGUGUUCCGGCAGGACAAGUUUGGCCGCGGAGCCAAGACCAAGCUGCUGACUGUCGGACCCUGGCUGACCCAGGUCUCUGUGUACCAGCAGCAGAGAUACAACUCCAUAGCCAUGAAGAAUCCAUGUAAGGGAACCUGCAGCCACCUGUGCUUGCUCCGGCCGGGAGGUUACACCUGCACCUGCCCCGAGGGCACCAGCUUCAUCCCUGGGAGUAACACUGAAUGUGAUGCUGGCUUUGAUCCACCGCCCACCAUGCCCCCACCAUGUCAGUGUCAAAAUGGAGGCAUCUGCUACUUUGAUGACAACAAGGCUCUCUGCAAAUGUCCUCCAGAGUGGAAUGGACAAUACUGCCAAACAAAUAUAUAUGACGUGGUUGCAUCCUCAAUUGGAAUAGCGAUUGGAGUGACAGUAGUGAUUGUGGCUCUGCUGGUUGCUCUGGUCUAUGCUGCCAGGAAGAAGUCCAACCUGCUGGAGAGGCUACGGAACAGCUUGCCCAGUAUGCCAUCCAUGCCCUCAAUGCCGCACAUGCCCAACCUGCCAAGCUUCAGAAAUGGUUCGUCUCCAAAUGCAUCAAAAACAGAGGGGAGUGAAGCGGUUCCCUGUAUGUCUGUGUCCGUGGUGGACGUGGAGGGGAAGAGCUUUGAGAACCCAACAUAUGAAGCUGGAGAACAGCCUGCUGCCACAAGCAUGAAGACAGCCACCUCUGCUCCUGAUGGAAUAAACAAGGAGUACAUUAAUAAUCCUUUGUAUGUGGAAGAAGUUCAAGAUGUGGACGAGCCAACAAGAAGUGCAAACCAACCUGCCACUGCCAACAAGGAGGCUUUUGAGAACCCAGCAUACCACUCAGACAUGGAAGAUGGGGACAUCUCUUCUGCACAACCAGCGGCUUCGAACACACAGCAGUUUGAACCCAUUGGGGAUGACAGUUUUUUGUCUUUCAAAAACCCCAUAUACACGGAGAACACACUUGCAGCCUCUCCAGAUUCUGACAUUUGACCUCUACUGAAGUAACUGCACAGCUCAACAAGCAGAGCAUUUCAAACACUGACAGAACAAAUCAACCAAGACACUGUGUAAAAGAAAAAUAUUUUUUGUGUCACCUACUUAAUUUUAAUUUCAAAUAUAGCUAUUUGUGUAAAAAAUCUUUAACAGACCUGAUUUAAUGUAACUAAUAUGAGAUUCAAUAACUGAAUAAAGUGAAUAGAAACUUGUAAAUGCAGUUUAUGAUUAGUUAGUUGUUUUAUACUUUUAUGUAAAUUAUGAUUGUAAGAAAGUUAAAUAUUAAAAUUGCUAUUAUCAUCA